GGAAAAAGGAGCUAGUCGCCAUUUUGCUUUAGCGCCGCAAGUUAUCAGGGCAGAAUGAUAACCACGUUCGAAUGAAUAUAUUUGAGACAUACGAGUGUUUUAACAAUUCAUUUUUUGUGCAAAUAUCGCAGGUAGUGAGGUGUAAGAGUGUGUAGGUGGAACGCCGUGCUAUUUGUUGGAGUAUUUCCGACUGUAGAACUAGCUAACUGGGAACCGUCCGACUUGAGGUGAUCAUGGGUCGUUCGAGGAGUCGCAGUUCGUCCCGUUCCAAACACUCCAAAAGCAGCAAGCACAGCAAAAAACGGAGCCGGUCGCGUUCGAGGGACAAGGAGAGGGCCAAGAAACGAUCCAAGUCCCGUGAAGCGAAGAGAAACCGGCGCAGAGAGUCGCGUUCUCGUUCCCGGUCAGCCACAGCCUCGACCCGUAGGGAAAGGGAGAGAGCGGUCACACCGCCGGAGAGAAUUGACAUAUUCGGCAGGACACUGAGCAAGAGAAGCGCCCUGGACGAAAAACAGAGAAAGGAGGAGGAGGAGAAGAAGGCCGAAAUGGAAAGACAGAGAAAGAUGUAAGUCGAAACUCAAUAUUUUUUUGCCAUAAUGCGAGACGCGUUUGCUAGUUCGUUUGCUAAUACCAAAUGAUAUUGGUGCUUAUAUUCUCUGGCUACAUGCGUUAGUUAGCUAGAAUGCUAACAGGCAUACGCGCUAGCAAGCUAGCUAGCUGCCUACUAAGCUACGUGUCUUGAGGAGGCCCAAGUCAGCUAUACAAGCCUACAACGUUAGACAACCGGCUAACUAGCUAAGUCACUUGGCUGCAAUUCAUUUGUCUCUAGUCUAAUGGAAUGUAUACAUUUAAAAUCAUUUUAUUAUGCACAUGUAUAGUUGUACAGUUGUGCGUAGGUGGCAAUCUGGUUGGCAAUUUGUUUGUCAUGCAUCACAAAUCAACGACCUAGUGUCAUGUUUAUGGCCUACGGUGGUUUAUCUUGCUAGCCUAGUAGCCUAGUUACGUGUCCUCAAAAAGAUUGUCAACAACAUCCCUCCAAGCUGUGGCUUAUGUGAGACAUUAUGGCCAAAUGUAGUCAACGAAAUAGACAUGCAUGAUAUAGGUCUUGUCACUGGUAAACUGUUUAAAAGGGAGGGAGGGAAUUAAAAACUACAUUAAGUUGCUCACCUGUGAAAUAAAUAAAAAAUCAGGUAGCUAUGCCCCUCUGGUUCUCAACCACUGAAGUCAAACCACAGGAUGUUCAUCUGGCCCCUGCCACUAUAAUAUUUACUUAUGGCAGUCAAAAUUAGCAUUCUGGGCGAAUGACUUAUAAUAAGCCGUAGGAUCAACCAGAGGCACAGUUACCUCUGUUUUAUCUGCUUCAGAACAACAUUCCUUUCUUACUGCAUUAUCCAUGCUCGUUGCACAUUGCAAAACCCUGAGGCGUCACAAUUUAUAGUGCAAUUCAAGGGAAGAAAAAUGUGCUAGACUUUCCUGCUUCAGCGAGCACCUCGCAUAAUGCCCGUCCAUUAUUUGUAGUUAGAUGAUAUUGGUCUGACAGAGAAAGAAAGACAUGGGGUAAACUUGUUGUUGUGCACAUUUUGGCUAGAGGCUGAUGACACCUGAUACCUACAACACGUGAACUACACCUGGUCUGCUGUGUUUACUGCCCAGCCACAGGGCCACUUAACCAGCCACACAAUGUCCAAUAAAGACACGCACACCAGAUAAGGAAGGAUCCUGGUUUCCUGGUUAUGUGUAACCAAACCAAAUGAAAUCAGAGAGAAGGACAGUGUUGUGUUUUAAGUCGUGCCUGAAGCAAUGUGACAACGACUCCGAUAAUCACGUCCUGUUGAUAGGGCAGCUGAAACAGUUUAAAAUGUGUUUGAACAGUAAACAGGACGCCUACCUUGUGUUCGUGUGCGCGACCUGACUCCCCCCGGGCAUGCAGUUAGGACUGACCCACACCUACAUUUACCCCCCCAGUUCUCUGCUGAUCUGGACAAGCUCACUUCCAACCACCAAAGGGGGGUCAUGUCAUGUCACAUCAGGACCACCUCAUCUCCUGUUGUCCAGUGCCCCUGUCGUCUGUAGUCAAUGGGGCAAAUCUGUUUCCCCACACACGUUGCAUGUUUAGUACAUAUGUCAUAAUGCCAUGUGCUGCAAUUCCCCAAAUCACUGAAACACCUUUUUUUUUUUAACAUAAAAGUAGCUUUAUAACCCUGAUAAACAAACAAAUGCACAAUUCCCAGAGUUUGGAGAUAGGAACACAAGCAUUUUGCUACACCCGCAAUAACAUUUGCUAAAUAUGUGCAUGUGACCCAAAUAAAAUUUGAUUUGAUUUGUUCCUGUAGCAAUGUCUGACCUUUUAAGUUACAUUGAUUCAACCUUACCUGAAUAUGCAUUGAUCGUAUCAUGUCACUUGUGCUACCAUGUCAGCAACCCUCCCCUCUUUCUCUCGCCACCCCUGCCGUGCAGCCGUCAGGUGGAGAUAGAGGAGAAGCUGAUCGAGGAGGAGACGGCGCGUCGCGUGGAGGAGCUGGUGGCCAAGCGGGUGGAGGAGGAGCUGGAGAAGCGCAGGGACGAGAUAGAGAGGGAGGUUCUGCGGCGCGUGGAGGAGGCCAAGCGCAUCAUGGAACGUCAGCUGUUGGAGGAACUGGAGAGACAGAGGCAGACAGAGCUGCAGGCCCAGAAGGCCAGAGAGGUAACGCUCGGUCGUUGGGAAUGCAGGCACCCCCCAUCUCCUCUAACCAUUCCCACUACUGCCCAACCCCCCCCCCUUCCCCGAACUGGCCAUGGCACAAGUUUCUCUGCUCUGGGGAGGGUGAGAGGGUAGGACAGGGCAGCUGAGGCUCAGGAUAGGUGGGAAGGGUUAGAGCGCUGUGCUUUAGGGGUGGUAGACUGAGUGUUUCUAAGUGGGGAAGUUAAAUGGCCGAUAUUUGGCAGUGGACAGUCAAAAGGAAGACACGCAGGAUUCAGUUGAGACUUUUGCCAUGGCCGAGUUAUGACAAUUUACUGACUUCAUCCCGUCAUUCUCCCCAUUCAUACAUUCCUAUUCAGAAUUAUUCAUAACUUCUACUUUCAUUAUUGUAAAUAUCUCCUUUUUUAAAUCUGUAAUAAAGAGCUCUUUUCAAAUUGACAUUUCAUUAUCAGUAACUGUCUCUGUUUGUGUCCAACAUUCAGUGAACAUUUUUAUUGCCCCAGGCAUGCAGCGAACACCGGUUUGCCCGUCCCACGACCCACCGAGAAACACAUAGGGAUGGAGAAGCUUUGGCUUUAUUAGUUACAAAUCAGUCCCUUUUAGCCCAAUAGCUUAUUUUAGGGGUGUAACGGUACAUGUAUUUGUACUGAACCUUUGACAACGUGGGUCUCAUUAUGCCUGGCGAAAACCAAACACUUCAUUCCACAGUAAGAACCUCAUACCAACGGUCAAGCAUGGUGGUGGUAGUGUGAUGGUCUGGGGACUUUUCUGCCUCAGGACCUGGACGACUUGACUUAAUAGAAGGAAUCAUGAAUUCCGCUCUGUAUCAGAUAAUUAUACAGGAGAAUGCCGGGACAUCCGUCUGUAAGCUGAAGCGCAGCUGGGUCAUGCAGCAAGACAAUGAUCCAAAACACACAAUCAAGUCUACAUGAAAAUGGUUAAAAAGCAACAAAUUUGAUGUUUUGGAAUGGCCUAGUCAAGGUCUAGACCUAAUCCCAAUUGAGAUGUUGUGGCAGGACUUGAAACAAGCAGUUCAUGCUUGAAAACCCACAAAUGUCGCUGAGUUAAAGCAGUUCUGCAUGCAAGAGUGGGCCAAAAUUCCUCCACAGCGAUGUGAGAGACUGAUCGACAACUACAGAAAGCAUUUGGGUGCAGUCAUUGCAGCUAAAGGUGGCACAACCAGUUAUGGAGUGCCUGGGGGCAAUUACUUUUUCACACGGGCAUUGGGUGUUUCAUAACUUUGUUAAUGAAAUAAGUAUGUAAUUGUUAUUUGUUAACUCAGGUUCCCUUUAUCUAAUAUUAGGUUUCAGUUGAAGAUCUGAUAACAUUCAGUAUCAAAAAUCAGAAAGGGGGCAAAUACUUUUUCAUUGCACUGUAUAUGGCAUCAGAAAUACCAGCACUAUUUUCUUAAAUACAAAUCACCACUAACUCUUGGCAUUUCAUUUUCCCACUGUACCGAAACGAACCGUGACCCCAAAACGACAAUACGUACCGAACCGUGACCCCAAAACGACAAUACGUACCGAACCGUGACCCCCAAAACGACAAUACGUACCAAACCGUGACCCAAAAACGACAAUACGUACCAAACCGUGACCCAAAAACGACAAUACGUACCAAACCGUGACCCAAAAACGACAAUACGUACCAAACCGUGACCCCCAAAACGACAAUACGUACCAAACCGUGACCCCCAAAACGACAAUACGUACCAAACCGUGACCCCCAAAACGACAAUACGUACCAAACCGUGACCCCCAAAACGACAAUACGUACCGAACAGUGACCCCCAAAACGACAAUACGUACCGAACAGUGACCCCCAAAACGACAAUACGUACCGAACCGUGUGUUUUGGUGAACCGUUACACCCCCUAGUUUAUUUCAUAGUAGUUCUAGCGACUAAUUUGGUUUAUUGUCCUCUCAGUAGACAGAGGCUGGGCAUAGACAAUAUGUUGGUGAAGCUAGCAACCCCCCCCCCCCCCCCCCAGGCUUCAUUAAUGAGGGCCAGGUUUGUGUAUAGUACAGUAAUAAUGCUUUGUGAAUGAGCGGCGCAGCCAAUGCCCAGCGACCCUGACUCGCACAGGGAUCGGCCAGUGGCUCAGUACUAAUCGGAUGAGAAAUGUGUCCCCAACAACCCCCCCAGGAGACCUGCCACUCCACUCCUUUCCCCUAGGAGUUAAUAAGACACCACUUUCUGUUUUUGAAUACAUUUAGUUUUAUUAGGCUAUGAUUACAUACACAAUUUUGUUUAGUGUGUCCAAUAAAGUUGACCUUAUCAUCCUCCCCUCCUAACCCAUGUUUUGAAUAGCUCCCAUUUAGAAGGCAUCUGCUCUGGGAUACAUCAUGUAACAAAUGAAGGACCUCGUUUCCUGUUUGCAAGGUCAACAAUCUCUGCUCUAAUUCUGUCUGUUAAUGAUACUUUUUAUUUAAUCAUUUUUUAAAAAUGUUUUUAAAGAAAACAAACAACCACAGCAAAUGUUCUCUUUAUUUGACGUCCCCAUGACUUGCUUCUCUUUAGGGGUGUUUUUUGUUUUAUUUUUGUUCAUUUAUUUCAUUUGGAUUUUGGACCCAACUUGUGUUAACACCACCUGUCUUUAACACCAUUUGACCUGAACUGGCCUGCAGAAAGCUCCAAGCUCAUGUGCUGUGUUCAGCCCUCCUCCACACUGUGCUGUAUUCUACUGCUGCGGUAUGUUGUCUCCAUGUGAACUGAGCCAGAGAGAGAGUGGCUUUAAAGAGUGCUGCAGGCUAGCGGUACAACAGAUCAGAUUUAAAGAGGAAGGCCACAGGCGGGCCGCCCUCUCCCCCCUUCCCAGGAGCGUUUCUGUCUCUGCAGGGGACACAGUCUGGACGAGACAGUACAUAUUCAACCGUUUUAAUGCCGAAUGCUUUCACCAGUUGUGUAGGUACACAGGCAAGGAAAAUGCGUAGGUAUACGUGCAUUGGUGAGGCAAAACUAUUCACUCCUUUUUUUUUUUAUCCUUCUUCUCUUGCUUGAUAAGAAAGCAAAGUUUGUUUUGUCUUUUUAUCUGUUUUGAUAUCUACUACAUAAGUGUGAUGAGUGGGUUUCCCCUUUUUAUAUUCUAUUUUUUAAUGUCUUUAAUAAUCCAGUGAAGGCUAUAAGUGUUAAGUGGUUCCUAUAUGGGCGGGUUUUGUCACGAAUAGCGGGAGAGGGGGGGGAAAAGGGGGCUUCUUUUUCCCUUUGAUAUAUUUAGUGCUUCUGUGUUCUAAAAGCAUUCUGCUUGACAGAGAGAACUUAUGGGAUAGUGUGGUUGUGAUGGGAGAGGCUGAGCGCACUCCUUUGUGUUAGGAUGAAGACGAGUGACUGUGCCAACGUGUGUGUGUGUUAAGAGAGGCCAAUCAUGUGUACGUGGGUGUGUGUUUGGGAGUGUGGGUAUAUGUGUGUGUGUGUGUGUGUGUUUGGGAUGUCGUGCGGCCGUAGCCUGUGCUAAUAUGGCAUUGUGUCUUUAGGAGGAAGAAAGAUCCAAACGGGACGAGCUGGAGAAAAUCCUGGAGGAGAAUAACCGCAAGAUCGCUGACGCUCAGGCCAAGCUGGUACACCACCUCCUCUGUUUUCCUCCUCUGUUCUGUUCAAAGAGAAAAAUACACAUUUGGCUACUUUCCCAAACCCCUAAAUGCAAACAGGGCUAUUCUAUGAUGAAAUAUGGUCGUCUUGAUAUUGAAAUACGUGGUCACCGUAGCUUUGAUGCAUUUUUUGUUAUGACAUUGAGGGUGUUAACGUAGAUUCCCAGGGCUUCUGUGAGAAACGCUACUCUAGUACAGAACGGUAAUGCAUGCUGGCACAGGCUUUGUAUUGAUGGUUAUCAGGAGCCAUUAACAAUAAGUGUUUUUCCUUCGCCUGUUUAUUUUCUGUUUCUGAAACUUGACUCAUUUGUAAGAUGGAUUUAUUUAAUUUGGAUGUGACAUGGACAAGCCAAGAUUGUAGUAAACAAGGUUAAAAGUAACAACAACAAAAAAACGAACAGAUUCUAGUAAUAAUCUUGGCAGGGCUCAGAAAACAUGAACAGUUUUGUGGGCAUUUUGGCACUGCAGGAUCUCUAUCCUGAACUGACCCUGUUGUGUGUGUGUGUGUCACCAGGCUGAGGAGCAGUUGCGUAUCGUAGAGGAGCAGAGAAAGAUUCACGAGGAGAGGAUGAAGCUGGACCAGGAUCGCCAGCGGCAACAGAAGGAGGAACAGAAAAUGAUCCUGGGCAAGGGAAAGUCCCGGCCCAAGCUCUCCUUCUCCCUCAAGGCCACCGAAUGAAUCUCUCCUCUCCUCCUCCUCCUCUCUGGAACGCUAUCUGUGUGUUAGUGUGGAAGGCUGAAGGAAGGGUAGCCCACACCAGCGCUGUCCUGUCUUAACACACACCGCCCUGCUCUACAGAUCUUUCCCAACCAAGCCAAACACCCGUCUAGUCGCUUGACCGCUCCACCCCCCACCCAAUGACUAUUGUUUGUGCUUUUUUUUUUGUGGUUUUAUUUGAAUUUUUAAGGGUUUGAUCUGUCAUGUACAAAGCUGUCACUACUUGGUCCUCCUCUUUCUUUGGUCCACGAGCGGUUGAAUGCCCUCUGUUUCUUUUUUUUCUUUUUUUACAGUAAGCAAACUAGGAUAAAAACUCAUAACGUUGAUAAGUGUGUCCAGUUGAAGCUUAUUAAAACAGUGUGUGGUUUAGGAAUUGGCCUAGGUUUUCCUGUGCCGUGGGUCUAAUGUAGAAAGCUGAAGCUGCAGCCAGGGCUAACCUAAACUCAGUAAAGCACGAUCACCUCUGCUCUAGCUGACAGGUUAGUCUUCAACCUCCUUACACCUCACAUCCGCUCAGAUUUUAUUUUGCCUCACGUUUCUCCUCGGUAGAGUAGCGGCAAAUAGAAAAACCAAACGUCAACGAAGACCCACUGCUGCACAGGGGAACCCAGGCCAAUUCCCAAUCUGCCCAAAGAGCGGGUCUGGGUGGCGUUGCAGGGUUGGAACAGGAUACGAGUCUCAUCCGUGGUCAGGACAGGGGAGUGGGGGGGCAGGAGACGAGAGACAUUUCCUGUAUGAUGUAAUAUUAAGAGUCUCCGUCAUGUGGUGUCAUACUCCUGUGCGAUAAUAUGUGAAAUGAAUCCAAACAGCAAGGGAUUUAUAAUCUUGCAUCAUUUACUGAACUCUUACUGUGCAAUC